CAAAAUCUUAUUCUCUGUAACGCCAUCCACAAACCUCUAUUUCCCUUUUUUCUCUGCACCUCCAGGUUCCUCCUAUUGAAAGCAAAGUUCCCACCUGACAAUUUUUUUAGAGUGAAUGUGGAGGGGACUUGCGGGGGAAGGAUCGGAAAACAACAACGUUUCGUGAAGACCCAGCAACCCCCCCAUGUUUUGGGUGUUUCUUGUCCAUUUCAAGCUUCGAAUUGGUCCCCAAUUCUGAACCAUGCAUAUAUAUGCCCAUAAAAAUGCGUACAUAUGCGCAUUCACAUUUUUAAGAAUUGUUAAACCUAAUUCAGGUUGGCGGGUUGAAUUUAUUGAAUUCGGGUUUUCUGAGCAUUUCUAAGAUUCUUAGGGGGUGAUUUUCCCCGAUCUUGGUGCAAAAGAUGGCUCUUUUUCGCAAGUUUUUCUACAGGAAGCCUCCUGAAGGGCUUUUGGAGAUAUCUGAAAGGGUUUUUGUCUUCGAUUGCUGCUUUACCAGUGAUGUUCUUGAAGAUGACGAGUACGCCCUCUACAUGGGUGGCAUUGUCCAUAACCUAUGCAACCAUUUUCCCGAAGCUUCGUUCAUGGUUUUCAACUUUAGAGAUGGGGAAUAUGAAAGCCAGAUAGAGGCCAUACUCGAGGACUACAACAUGACCGUGGUUAACUACCCCCACCAUUUUGAGAACUGCCCCGUACACACAAUGGAGACGAUCUAUCACUUUUUGAAGUCGAGUGAGACUUGGCUAUCUGUUGGUCCUCAAAACGUGCUUUUAUUGCAUUGUGAGUUCGGGGGGUGGCCCAUUUUGGCCUUCAUGCUGGCCGCACUAUUGAUAUUCAGGAGGCAAUACACCGGGGAACAUAAAACAUUAGAUAUUGUUUACAAGCAAGCACCGCGUGAGCUUCUUGAAUUGAUGCUACCAUUAAAUCCACUGCCUUCACAACUGAGAUACCUGCAAUAUGUGUCCAGAAGAAAUUUGGGUUCUGAAUGGCCACCCCUUGACAGGGCACUUACAUUAGAGUGCGUCAUCAUUAGACACAUUCCUGAUAUGGACGGGGAAGGAGGCUGUCGUCCUAUAUUUAGGAUAUAUGGGCAAGAUCCCUUCAUGGCUGCUGAUAGGACACCUAAGGUUCUAUUUUCUACACCCAAAACACGCAAUGUUGUCAGACAGUAUAAUCAGGCAGAUUGUGAGCUUGUUAAAAUCGACAUCCAUUGUCACGUACAGGGUGAUGUAGUGCUUGAGUGUAUCACUUUACAAGAUGAUGAAUUUGAAUGUGAAGAGAUGAUGUUCCGUGCGGUUUUCAACACUGCGUUUAUUAGAUCAAACAUUUUGAUACUUAAUCGUGAUGAAAUUGAUAUUCUCUGGGACGCGAAGGAUCAAUUUCCUAAGGACUUCAGAGCAGAGAUUCUUUUCUCGGAGAUGGAUUCUGCUUCUUGUUCCCUUGUAACACCUACCGCUUUACCUCAUAUUAUUGAAGACAAAGGAGGAGGAGGUCUUCCUAGUGAGGCGUUUUCCUCGGUUAGAGAAAUUUUCAGCAAUGUGGAUUGGUUGGAUCCUAGAACUGACCUGGCUCUAGACAUCCUUGAAAUCAGAGCAGCUAACAUUCUUCAAGAAAAGCUCGAAACUUUAUCAUCUCCCCAUCCGCCUACUAGAAGGAGUAGCGAACUCAUGAAAAGCUGCUCUUCAAGUUUGACAAACAAAAGUUCCAUUUGCCAGUCCCCACCAGCAACAAAAGAGGACUUUGAAACGAGUUUUCUUCAGUUAGCAAGAAAAAUGAAGACCGGACUUAGCGGAACUUUCCAAGAUGCUAUAGAAGGGAUGAGCAUACAGCGGAGUAGUAGUGAAAAUAAGAGAAUGGACAGUGUGGUUAGCGAUGUUGGGAAGAAGGGAGUAGUUCUGUCUGAGCCAUAUCAGGAAAGAGUCACUAAUAAGUCAAGUUCCCCUCCACCUCAGCACCAGACUACAACGUCUUCCGUUUUUGUUGAUGAUGAACAAACCCUGGCCUAUUCACAAGAUCCAAGCACAAAAAAAGGCGACGAUGCUAAGUCUCAAGCUCAAUCAGAAGUCAUUUCUUCUCAGGACAUAGCUCAGAAUGAAGUCCCCAGUAGCCGCUCUAAUGGUAAUUCCUCUCAAGCUUCGAACUCGCCUCUUGCAAGGUACCAUGCUGCAUCUACAGUUGGAAUUACAGCCCUGCUGCAUGAUCAUGCUUCUGAAUUUAAUAAUAGUAAUAAUAAUUAUAUAAAAGAAAGCAACCCCUCAGUCACAAUGUCCCCAAGAAAUGCCACUUUAGCAUCUGUUUCUAGUUUAUUAAAACCUUCAGAGACAUAUAUAAACCCCCCUGGCCCGCCUCCUCCACCAUCUACCCGUGUUGUUUCAGCCUCUCCUUCUGUACCCCCAUUAAGUUCGGGGUUAGUAGAAUCCACCCGAACUGCCAUUUCUAGACAAUCUCCACCUCCACCUCCUCCUCCCUGCCAAGGAUUAGCUCAUCCUCCACAAGCACCUCCUUCCCACCCAGGAUUAGCUUACUCCCCACCACCACCUCCCCGCCCAGGAUUAGCUCAUCCGCCACCACCUCCACCUUGCCCAAGAUUAGCUCAUCCUCCAUCACCACCACCUCCUGCUCCUUGCCCUCAACCACUCCCUUCAUCAUCACCACCGCCCCCUCCUCCUAAGUGCUCUACAAAUGCUCCACCUGUUCCACCUCCACCAAUUCCUCUGAAGAAUGGGACUAACGGGGUUGCAGCAAGUGGUGGUGGAAGUAUACCUCCGCCUCCCAUUGGAGCGGCGAAGGGGAAACUGCAACCACGCACUGGCGUUAGGAAUCAAACACAGAGCAAAAGGACACCCUUGAAACCAUACCACUGGUUGAAGUUAACAAGGGCAAUGCAAGGAAGCCUAUGGGCUGAUGCUCAGAAACCUGAAGAAGCUUCCAAAGCUCCUGAAUUUGACAUCUCUGAACUUGAGACUCUGUUCUCUGCAGCUGUUACAAAUUUAGAUCAUGGAAGUGCUGGAAAGUCAAGCCGUCGUGCCGCGGGAUCCAAAUCUGAUAAAGUGCAACUAAUUGACCUCCGAAGGGCAUAUAAUUGUGAGAUUAUGCUCACGAAAGUUAAGAUUCCUUUGUCAGAUUUAAUGAGUUCCAUUCUUGCUCUAGACGACUCAGCAUUGGAUACAGAUCAGGUUGAUAAUCUUAUCAAAUUUUGUCCAACAAAGGAUGAAAUGGAACUUCUUAAGAAUUACAAGGGAGAAAAGGAUAAACUUGGAAAAUGUGAGCAGUUUUUCUUAGAGCUGAUGAAGGUUCCCAGGGUAGAAUCUAAGCUCAGGGUCUUUUCAUUUAAAAUCCAAUUCUGUUCUCAGGUUUCUGAUUUAAGAAAAAAUUUAAAUACUGUGAACUCUACAGCUGAAGAGGUCAGGAAUUCUGUCAAGCUGAAAAGAAUUAUGCAGACAAUUCUUUCAUUGGGUAAUGCUUUGAAUCAUGGGACUGCAAGGGGUUCUGCUGUUGGAUUUCGGUUGGAUAGUCUUCUAAAGCUGACUGAUACACGUGCUCGUAACAACAAAAUGACUCUAAUGCACUAUCUGUGUAAGGUUCUUGCUCAUAAGCUACCCGAAGUAUUGGAUUUUCAUAAUGACCUUGUGAGCUUAGAGGCUGCAACGAAGAUACAACUAAAAUAUUUGGCAGAGGAAAUGCAAGCUAUCAGCAAGGGGGUGGAGAAAAUACAACAGGAACUCACUGCAUCAGAAAGUGAUGGCCUUGUGUCCGAGAGUUUCUGCACUACAUUGAAGAAAUUUCUUGGCUAUGCUGAAGGGGAAGUGAGAUCUCUGGCUACAUUGUAUUCCGUAGUGGGAAGAAAUGCUGAUGCUUUGGCCAACUAUUUUGGAGAAGAUCCUACCCGUUGCCCAUUUGAACAAGUGGUAUCAACUCUGCUCAAUUUCGUGAGGAUGUUUAAAAAAGCUCACGAGGAAAACUGCAAGCAACUUGAAUUUGAAAGGAAGAAAGCUGAAAAGGAAGCGGGAAACGAUAAUUCGAAACUGAACAGUUCAAACAAACAUUCGGGGAAUGACAAGAUGAAGACCAGUACUAAUUCCUCCAUAGGCACUACCAGCACAGAACAACAUAAAAUAGAAACAGUGUAGAGCACACAUUUUUGUUGGUUGUUUUGAGUCCAUUCUUCUUCUAGCUACUGCAAGCUAAGAUCUCAACAACUUAGAACAAACAAUCUCAUUGGGAAAAAUUUAUAUUACAAAAGGUAUGCAUUAUGGUGGGUGACUUCAAAAGAGAUCCCAGGCAAACUUGAAAAGAGAGAUUGUUUCCAAAUGCCAUCGAUCAGCACCGCUGACUGGUAUGAAGGUUGUAUGACUCCCAAGCUCCUUUGCUUGCGGGUUUGUACAAUCCCGAGGGUCAGGUUGCUUUGAUUCUAGCCAAGCACAGGACCCAAACUCAGUGGCAAAUAGUAAUAAGUUGAGUGUCCCGACCUGUAACAACCUCUGUCUGGAUUGAAUGCAUCAAGAAUGUAUUUUCCCUGCUACAGAUUUGGAAAGCGGUGUUGGCUGCCGUGCAAACGCAUUAUGGUUUCUACGGAUUCAUCAUUGUAAUUGUUUUAUCCACGUUUUGUUGAAAAUGAAAUACUCUCCUUUACAUUUCAUUUGUUCACUUUAAAGUUUAAACCGUCAAGUGUUGAAUUUGAUGCGUAAAUAAUGUCCAAGCUGGUGCCUCUCAUCUCACAAUUCAUGCAUUCUUACAUUAUCUAAAAAAUGAACAGAUUUGACCUUUGACCCCGCUGAU